ACCUGCUCUUUGCCGUGGUUGUUUGGAUACUUAAGGAUGAAAAGAUCUCUCAGAAGAGAAUGGGCAUCAGAAACCAUUCCGCAGUGACUGAAUUUCUUCUUUCCGGACUAACCGACCAACCUGAGCUUCAGGCGCCUCUUUUCUGCCUCUUCCUAGGGAUUUAUGCAGUCACGGUGGUGGGAAAUCUCGGCAUGAUCUCAAUCAUUGUCUUGAGUUCUCAACUCCACACCCCUAUGUACCAUUUCCUCAGUAGUUUGUCUUUUUUAGAUGUGUGCUAUUCUUCUGUUAUUACCCCCAGAAUGCUGGCAGACUUUUUAGGCAGCGAUAAAGCUAUCUCUUAUUCUGGAUGCAUGACUCAGCUAUUUUUCUUCUGCAUUUUUGUCAUUUCCGAGUGCUACGUGUUGGCUGCCAUGGCCUAUGACCGCUAUGUAGCCAUCUGCAGCCCCCUGCUCUACCAUGUCACCAUGUCCCCUCGGGCCUGUUUUCUGUUGGUGGCUGCUGCCUUCUCGGUAGGACUAACGGACGCCAUGAUUCACGGAGGUUGUAUACUAAGGCUGACUUUCUGUGGCCCAAACGUCAUUAAGCAUUAUUUCUGUGACAUUAUCCCACUUAUUCAACUCUCUUGUUCAAGCACUUAUAUUGACGAGCUUUUGAUCUUUGUCAUUGGCGGGUUUAACAUGGUAGCCACCAGCCUGACAAUCAUCAUUUCUUAUGGCUUCAUCCUCUCCAGAAUCCUCCACAUCCACUCUGCCCAGGGCAGGUCCAAAGCCUUCAGCACCUGCAGCUCCCACUUGACCGCCGUUCUCAUAUUUUAUGGGACUCUCAUGUUCAUGUAUCUCAAACCUGCCUCCAGCAGUUCACUCAUCCAGGAGAAAGUGUCCUCAGUAUUUUACACCACUGUGAUUCCCAUGUUGAAUCCCCUGAUAUACAGUCUGAGGAACAAGGAAGUGAAAAAUGCGCUUGUGAAGCUCCUAAAAAGAAAAAUAUCUUUAUAA